CAAGCCGCCGCCCUCCAUCACCAUUGCCUCCAUCAAACAAGGUCACGGGUCGCCGCAAUUCAAACUUUGACUUGGUUUCUAAACUAACCUCCCGCUUGCCCAAAGCGGAGCGCUUUUGCAUGCUCUCGUGGUCCAAGGCUGUCAUAACCCUGUGACCAAUCUGGAUGACAACAUAACGGCCGGACCAAUCCCUCCGCCUAUGAGCAGUACUCCAACCACCAAAACCCGAAGCCCGAAGCUCGUAACUUAGCACCGGCAGCAUUGCCUCCACAACCAGUCCGCAGAUACAUGCCUGGUCCAUACCUGCGAUUGCUCACUUCUGCUUGCUUCAACGCCCGCCGCCGACAGAUACAAGCUCGCUGUACGCUCUUCCACACCCUGUCUUCUCCCCGACAGUCUCGCCAGAAACCGCGAGCCAGCAUGGCCAGCCCGGUCCAGGCGCUUCCUACGCCUGACAGCAUCACAUCCCAGGAGUUCCAAGAAGCGCUUGGCAGGUACCCUGCACUGAUACAGGCCAUAUCCGAUACCAAGGGUGCCAAACAUGGACAAAAAACCCUGGCUGAGCUGGAUGAUUUCCGCUACGUGGCCGCCCCCAAGCUAUUUGCUCCCGGCAAGACAUGGAAGCAGAUGGAGCUUGACGACAUCAAGGUCCUCGUUGACUGGAAGCUCCGUCACGGGAAAUUCAGACCAACUUUGAUGAAGCUGGUUUCCCAAAACGACCCGUCGACGGCAGAGAAGAUGGUCAAGGAGGCAUUGGAAGCCUACGCCAAGAACAAGGACGCCACCCAGGCGGUAGAGGCCCUGUCCAAGCUCAGGGGCAUAGGCCCGGCCACGGCCUCGCUCCUGCUCGCCGUCCACGAUCCCGACAAGGUCGUCUUCUUCGCCGACGAGGCCUACUGGUGGCUCUGCUGCGGCGGCCGCAAGAGCUCCAUCAAGUACAACAUCAGGGAGUACCAGAGCCUCGAGCGCGCUAUGAGGCUCCUCGCGGCCCGGCUGGGGGUCAGGGCCGUCGAGGUUGAGCGCGUCGCCUUUGUGCUGAUGAAGCACGAGGAGGUCGCCCCGUUCGCCGCCGCCGCCGCCGCCGCCGCAGCGGCGGGCGCCGGGGACGUCAUCGGCGCCCUGCCCGAGCUGGUCCGAAAGAGGAUCGCUGCCGGCCGGCCGGCCGCGGUGCGGAGGAUGUCGAGCGACGAGAGGAAACGUAAGCAGCAGAGCCCUCGUCUGGAUGACGCCGGCGACGCCGGCGCCGACGCCGCGCCCGCCACCCUGUCAGCCCUGGCCGAGGAGCCUGCGGGCUUGCGACGGUCAAAGCGGGGGAAGCGCGCCUGAGGGGCCUCCGUUGCACACCAGUCUCACAAUUUGCCUGCGCCGGUCUCCCUGGUACAGCAGAGCCGAAAGGGCUCGCUUGGACCCACAUACCUGGGCUGACUGCUGCGAGGCGGCCUCGACAUGAGCGUCGCGAGACCAGCCCGGUCGCAUUGGGGGGACUAACAAAUGUCAUGUCGGCAAUGGCUUUCCCUCAUCAUCUACCACGCCCUCUCACGCCCCGCCCGUCGAUAUAUAUUAAUGCCCGAUCAAGCUGCUUUCCCACCUUCCCCGCUUAUUGUACUUUUAAUCCCCCUCCCUUUGGACCACUCCCGGAUAGUGCUUUCCUCGACCUGAAGUUUGAUGUUCUCUUGGACCAUUCCACGUACACCCGUCUUGCCCCCUCUCUGAUAUCUCCCUCCGAGCCUGUGGAUAUGCGAUACGGAUACGGACUGUCAACCGAGGGAUGUAGUUACUGAAGGCCUUUCCGGCCUGAUACCUUGGCAGAAGCGACAGCGACAAUCGCCUACUUAGAUACAGAUGUGCAGUAGAAAGGCGAUUUUACUCAAUGAUCGCUGGCGAUGAACGUGAUUAUUACCAAGAUACUAGUACUAAGUAUCAGGACAGACUGAGCCAAGAGGGGAAAACGGCAGCCUUGAGCCUCAAUAAAUCACUUGUGCUCGAGGGAACUCGUUAUCGAAUCGUUUGGCACUAGCAACAAUAUGAGCCACGAUGAAAACUACCAAACACCAAUACACAGCCUUGAGGGAAUAAGGAAACCAGCAUCAUAAUGACAAACGGGAAUAGUCCUAAUCAACAAGUCCCCCAUCGUCGUAGACCUAAACAGCAUUUUGUGCAUAUGGAGAAGCCCCUCUGAUGUCAUAUCUCCAGCCCCGGUGGCCAGGAUCGUAACUGCGGUGCCCUUAUCAUUGCGGAGUGAAUCGUGACAAUCAUGCGUCCGACACACGCAGAAACAACGUCCUUCCCACUGCUUCCAUCCGGGGUUUAAGAUUCCAGCCGCUCAGGCGGAAAGUCGACGCUCAAACCCCCGUCCCCCUUCUGCCACAUGCGGCAAACGGAUCAAGUAUCUGUCGGGUGGCCAGCAGGAACGGCUCAUGGCAAGGACAAUUGACGUGGAAGAGCAGCGACAGUGAUAUGACCGAUGAUCCCAUGUCCUCUACCUCUGCUUCUUGUUGGAGCCGUCUUCGACGGUAAACUUCUCGCCGAGAGAGUCGUACUCGCGGUGCAGGCCCUUAGCCUGCUCCUUGAGAGCCGUGAUGUUGGCAUCCUUGCGCUUGAUCUCCUCCUUCAGACGCGCGAUCUCACCCGGGUUUCCAGCCUCGGCAAGCUUGGCAGAGUCCUUGCCAGCCUUCUUAUUGUUGUCGGUACCCUCGUAUUGCUUAACCUUCUCCUCCAGACGGAGGACUUCAAGGAUCAUGGAGUAGGUCCGGUUAAGGAUGAGCGACAGAAAGAGGGUAAAGCCGCAAAGGUACAUGUUGCGCUGCGAGUAGAACUUGCGCGCCUGCACCUCGAGGCGCUCGUGGCCCAUGAUGGUGGCACUGCAGGAGGGAAAAUGUUAGCUGGAUGUUUAGGUGUUGAAGAUGCG